AAGUUAGCUCAAUUUUUAGCUCCAAAACAAAGUGAAGGACAAAGAAAGGGCUUGAUUACAGUUUGCACCGAAAGCUACGCAAAGUCGCCAGACGGAGAAAGCAGCAGACCUUACAGUUCAAUUUUCUGUGGCAAUUGCCGGAAAACCCCAAUUUCCAGCUGAAGGUAUAAGAGCUGGAAGAUUGGUGAGGGAGAUAUGGGUGACAAGUUAAGAUCAAAAGUUAGGAAAUCUCCGGAAGCUAGUUCUGUGACAGGACACGAGCUAUCAAAAACUCCCACGACUUUAUUGGAUAGACCUAACAAAAAUUUAGCCGGGAUCUUUGCCUGUGCUCUUCUUGUGUUUGAUGCUGUUCUCAUUUUGUUUAUAAUUGCUUAUGUCCCAUACACAAAAAUUGAUUGGGAUGCUUACAUGUCACAGGUAUCUGAGUUUCUUAAUGGAGAGAGAGAUUAUAGUAACAUAGAAGGUGACACGGGGCCUCUCGUCUAUCCAGCUGGUUUUCUUUAUGUAUAUACAGCCAUUCAGUACAUCACAGGAGGACUAGUCCAUCCUGCUCAGAUUUUGUUUGGUGCUCUGUACAUAAUUAACCUUGCAAUUGUGUUCUUCAUCUAUAUCAAAACUGAUGUGCUUCCCUGGUGGGCUCUUACCCUGCUUUGUUUGUCAAAGAGGGUGCAUUCCAUAUUUGUACUUCGUCUAUUCAAUGACUGCAUUGCUACAACACUUCUUCAUGCUGCACUUGCAACUCUUCUUUAUCAGAAGUGGUGGUUGGGGUUGAUAAUAUUCAGCUUGGCUGUUUCAAUAAAGAUGAACGUGCUACUCUUUGCCCCUUCUUUACUACUACUCAUGUUGAAGGCUAUGGAUAUCAGUGGAACGAUAGUGGCUCUUGGAGGAGCUGCAUUUGUUCAGAUCCUACUUGGGUUUCCUUUCUUAGUAUCAUAUCCAGUGGCCUAUGUAUCUGGAGCCUUCAAUCUCGGACGUGUGUUUAUCCACUUUUGGUCAGUUAACUUCAAAUUUGUUCCAGAGCCAGUCUUUGUUUCAAAGGCAUUUGCAGUUUCAUUGCUGAUUUUACAUCUCGGACUGUUGGCUAUUUUUGCUCACAAGAAGUGGUGCAAGCAUGAGGGUGGACUUGUUAAUGUGAUGCAUUCUGUAUACAUCUCUACUGUAAGUCGCUUCCCUCUUCAGGGACUUUAUGCAUAUGGCACAACCUCGAAAACACUGAAUGAAGAACAUAUUGUAACUACCAUGUUUGUUGGAAACUUCAUCGGUAUCAUUUGUGCCCGCUCACUACAUUAUCAGUUCUACUCCUGGUACUUCUUCAGUGUGCCGUAUCUGCUGUGGAAGACACCCUUCCCAACGCCAUUACGCAUAGCAUUGUUUGUAGCAGUUGAAUAUUGUUGGAAUGUUUAUCCGUCAAACAACUAUUCAUCUGGUAUACUUGUUUGCAUCCACUUGAUGAUACUAUGGGGACUCUGGAUUGCCCCUCCAGAAUAUCCUUACAUGGAUGACAAGUCACCGGCCAAACGAAAGAAAAGAUGAAGUCCAUUUACCAUAGAAAUCAUUGAUAGUUUUUUGCUUCUUGACUUGGCUGCAAUUUAAGAGAGUAGCUACAUGACUUGCAAUUUUAAAGAGUUUUAGGUGUACCAAUGGUGUACUAAAAUUUUGGAGCAAAGCUGCCUGUGUUCUUUUGUGUAACGCUAUGUUUAAUCAGUAAAUGUGGCAAUUAUAUACUAUUGUAUAAGCUAUAUUGCUUCUUGUGAUGGCAAACGGGCUGCGCAAGCUCUAACUUUUAAA